CGAUUGGCCAAAGCAAAAUGCCAACAAUAAUAAUAAAGCAGCGGCAACAACAAACAGUCGACGCAACACACAAAUUUUACCCGCAUCAAACAAAAUAAAAUAAAUAAAAUUGUGAUAAAUACAAAAAGAAUAAAUAUAAAAUAAAAUUCAACACACUGCAAAAGAGAGAGAGAAAGAUAUUAACGACGUAGAUUCCCACGUGUGUUAGCGAGGGGCUGGUGAGGUGACGCGGGGAGCUACUUUGAAUGCUACGCAAUAAAACGACAACGCUACGCAAUUUCAGCUGCUGCUGCUGCUGCCGACGCUCAACGCACCUGCCAAACAAGCAGCGCUGCUGCCGUCGCGGCUGCUGACGUGUGCAAAACGAGUGCGAAGCGACGACAGGAUAUUUAACGGCAACAACAAAAACGGUAAACUGCACGACAGAAAUUAACGAAGCACCAGUGCAAUUUUGACCGACGCACGCAUACACAUACACACACAUAAGAGCACUCACUUGCACAUAUACACAAAGAAGCAGAAAAAGCGCAACGCGAAAAGAGAAUACAAAUUGCAAUUGCAAAAAUAAUAUAUUAAAAAUGCAGCGCCAUCUAUAGCGCAACACAUUGCAUUAAAAAUCCUGCUCAAGAAUAAGUGCACAAAGCGCGACAAAGCAAAACUACGAAGAGAGGCCUAAACAAAAAAAAAAAGAAUCCAAAAAGAAAAAAAAGGGCAAACAGUGCGCGCAAACAAGGUGGAAAGUAAAAAAGUUGUUUGUCAACUUGUGGCGUCCAUUGCACAAACACACACUGCCCCCUCCCUUGGCCCAUGCUCUCCGCUCAAAUGUUGCAGCAACAAAGUGUCUGGCUGUACUGCUACCGCUGCUGCCGCUGUUGCUGCUGCUGUCAAGUGGAAGUGCAACUCGUCCAGUGUGCAUGCAACAGCGCCUGCGGCCAGUGCUAAACAACAACAACAGCGCAACUGCUCAAACGAACAAGAGGAAGAAGAAAAAGAAGACGAAGCAGCAGCAGAAGCAGAACAAACCAAAAGCAAUAGAAAGUGUGCGACAAAUCCUUUUUUCUGUUUAGUGCUGUCAAGUGUUGUGCAGCAUCAGCAGCUGCAAGCGUCAACAUGUCAACAGUUACACGCAGCGCCAGCGCCAGUCCGUGCAUGGCCCUCAACGGCAUCGUUGACGCCAGCCUGUUCCCCUUGAAAUCCACAUCGGAUGUGGUGAAUCUAUUCCGUCGUUCCCUCACCAGCGCCAUCGAACCAGAUCUGACACUGCUCUCCAUUGUCGUCGGCUACAUUGAACUGUCGCUGACAACGGGCGAGGCGGCCCAAGCUGCCCAGGCAGCUCAGGCGACUCUAGGUGGCAGCAGUGACGUCAUCAUGGGCAACAGCGUCCCCUUUCCGGUUGUGACACACGAGCUGAUUGCGGGUCUCUACAAAAAGUUCCAGAACAUAUUGUCGGUGGUGGAGAAGCCAAAGCCGCAUCGCCAGGCGACACGGGACAUCAUCAAGAAGGUGUCGGAUGUGAUUUGGAAUUCGCUGAUACGCAGCAGCUACAAGGAUCGAGCACAUCUGCAGAAUCUCUACAGCUAUUUGUCGGGCAACAAGUUGGAUUGCUUUGGUGUGGCACUCGCCACAACCGCCGGUUGUCAGCUGUUGGGCUAUAGGGAUGUGCGUCUGGCCAUCUCCGAGGAUCAUGCCUGGGUGGUGUUUGGCCAGAAGCAUGUGGAGAGCAUCGAGGUGACCUGGCACGGCAAGGGUAGCGAGGAUAAACGUGGCCAGGACAUUGGCGCCGGCAUCGAAUCCGGCUCGUGGCUCUACCUGGGUGGACUCGCUGUGGUCUGUGAACGUGGCAUGGAAGUCGCUGCGAUUUGUGUGGCACUCAACAUUUCGCUGAGUGCGAAUAGCGAUUGCGUUGAGGUUGCCGAGUUGCAGCAACAAUUGCUAUGGUUACUCUACGAUCUGGGUCACCUCAAGCGAUACCCCAUGGCACUGGGUCUGCUCGGCGAACUGGAGGAGAUCAACCGGACGCAUCGCAGCAUUGGCUGCGAACAACUAUUCCGCGAGGCCAUCGAAUCGUCGCGAACCCACUAUCACAAUCAUCAUGUGUAUCCGCACAUCUUUCAGGGCAACUACUACAAUCGCCUGUUGAAGUAUCGCGAGGCAUUCGCCGCCUGGGCCAAUGCAGCCGAUGUCAUCCGGCUGUACACGUAUCAGUGUCGUGAUGACGAGGAGAUCUACAAGGAGCUGCUCGACAUUGCCAACGAGCUCAUCCCAUACGUGAUGAAGACGGAGAGCUCGGGCCAUUCGGCACGCAGCAUUAUUCGGGACUCGGAGGUGUUUGCCAAUCUGUUGCGUUUCUACGACGGCAUCUGUCAGUGGGAGGAGGACAGUUUGACGCCCAUUCUCCACAUUGGCUGGGCCAAACCACUGGUCACCAACAUAACCAAGUUUGAUUACGAUAUACGCUCACAGGUGGUCAUCAAGCUGCCCGAGGACUUGGAGGCCGAACAGGCCGCCGCUUUGGAGGCUAAAAAGGCAGCGGCUGCUGUGGCAGCAGCUGCGGCAACUGCAGAGGCUUUGCUGCAUUUGGAGGGCAACAACAACAACAACAAUUCGGUUGUCAAAAAAGAUGAGAAGCCCAAAUCGGAGCUACCCACAACAUUGGCCGAUUUAACCGCAGCUUGUGGCGAGAAGAUUUUAAAUCCCGAUUUUCUGCUGCAGGGCGGUGGUCAGCCAUUUGCCGAUCAAAAGCAGCAGACGGCAGCUGUUGUCGCCGCCGAGCAAACCACGUCCAGCGAAGCAACGCACAACAACAACAACAACUGCAGCAACAGCAACAACACUGAUAAGGAGGCUAAAACAUCAACAACAACAAGCAAUGGGGGCAGCAGCAACACUUUGACGCAGUUGUCGCCGAGUGAGGCUAAUGAAACGCAGCAGCAAAAAGCGCAGCACAAAGAAGCUAAAUUGGAGGAGAGCAGCAACAAGAGCAACGCCCUCGUUGAGCAGGCUCCACUUGCACCACUUGUCGAUGAUUACGAUCCGUUCGAGAUAAUGCUAAAGCGCCCAGUGAUCACACUCUACAGCCAGAAGAUGAAGGGUCUCAAGGAUCUGCUGCUGGCAGAGAAGCUCAAUACGCACGCCAUCUCGCUGCAGGUGACCGCCCAAUCGGUGGCAUCGCGCAAGGUGCGCGGCGUGGCAGACAAUCGACAGCCGGCGACCAUUUCGGCAACCAUAACGGCCAUAUCCUCAGCGGAGGGCAUUGGUGCCGGUGGUGGUGGAGGGAAUGCAGCGAAUGCUGCAGCGAGUGGUGCAUCCUCAGCAUCCAGUGGCGAUAGCUCGACGCUGGCAGCCACUCGUCCAAAACGUACAAGACGCGAGUAAAAAGCAGUUUUCUUCAAAAAACAAACAAAAAACA